ACGAAAACAUUUUCCACCGGCUCGUGCUCUUUGUCCAUCACCUCCCGCUGAAGCAACAACGUCCACAGCAACACCAUGGCGACUGUUGCCGAUACCAAACUAUACGACAUUCUCGGAGUGUCUCCAUCUGCAUCUGAAAAUGAACUAAAAAAGGUAAAUAGUGGGAAAAGGCUGUUAAAAAAAAUUAUCAGUCUUACAGGGGUUUCGUUUGGUGUUAAAACGCCACAAUCAGGAAAUGCGUUGCUAUGCGCAGCUAGCUAACUUUAGCUGUGUCGGGCCAUCAUGCUAGGAGCUAACCGGCCUGGAUAUUCAUGUGACGAUGCUGCUGGAACGUUUGAUGAGUUACCGUGUGUGCUUGUGAUUCAUUGAGUGAUAUUCUUUUUUUGCUACAGAUAUUCCCCAUAAUUGUAUAAACCCCAAACGAGGCUGAUUUGACACAUUUUUUAACACAACGGCGUAAGUGAUUGACCUCAGGUUAGCUUUAGCUUAUUAAGGAGAGCUAGCUGAGCCAGGCGAAGGUUGUGGAAAGAUGGUGUUAGAGACUGGUUCUCAGAGCGGACAUAGACCCAUAACAGAAGUGUUUGCGAUAAAAAAAAAAAUCUUUAACGCCAGUCCUGUUUGAUAUGUUUCUGUCGUUACCUGUGUGAUGUUACCACAUCAGUAUCUCUGUAUCUGACACAGUCACUCUCUGCUGGUAUAACGCUGUUUUAGCUGCUCUGUCAUACUGAUCUCCUGGUGUGACAACACUUGGGAGUUGCAUUUACAGGACUGAUAACAUAACCCCAUCUGUGUCCUCAGAUAGUAAGAUCUGUUGGACCUCACACGCAUUCAUCUCACCUAAGCGUCUACGUUUGAACUGCCAGACAUUUUUAGCUGCCAUUUCAGGAAAAACAGGAAAUGUCCUUUACAGGGUAGUUUUCAAACCUCCGCUUUCGACCGCUGAGAAGGUUAAUUAAUGAACAUAUAUACGCUCAACUUCAUUGAACACUGACAGUACAGUUUCCGGAAGUGUUUUGCCGACUGUAACAUCUGGUUUCGUCAGGAGGCACGUGGAAUUGCGUAAGCAGUAGCUAAAGUAUCUUUUUAUGUGUUUGAGUCAUUCAGUAAGUGAUUUCUAUGAGUAACAAGUCUGGUGAUAUUUCAAAAUCAAUUGAACUAAUAUGGCUCCUUCUUUUGUGUGAUCACAGGCAUACCGAAAACUGGCUAAAGAAUACCACCCUGACAAGAACCCAAAUGCUGGUGACAAGGUAAGACAAUUUGGACAGUCUCACAGGUCCAGUUUUGAGUUAAUGUCAUCAUAGGUAUAUAAAAAAAUACAAUACAAACAAUGUAUGUGUAAAAGAGAUGUAGCAAGUGUCAAGCCCAUGAGACAAAACAGGACAUUGAGCUCACAGGGUGGGAUUUUCAAUAGGUUUUUUUAAGAAUGCUCAUGAAAAGGCUGAGAGAACUUUAUUGAAGCACUUGUGUUAUCUUACAGAGAGAUUUGUCAGAGCUUGAAACAACACAUUUUGUUUUCCUACUGUGAAUAUAGACCUUUUAAAUAUCAUUACCAGGCCUGGAAGGCAGCUAUAGAGACAUUAACCAGUUUUUACUCUGUUUUUAUCCUUCUGUCAGUAUUUAUUUGUGUAUGUCAAAGCAUUUAAUUAGCACGCUAACAAACUAACCAUGGCGAGGGUGCAAAAAAAAAAGAUCAAAUAAGUUAUUAAGCAUACCAUACUACUCCAGUAAAUCCCGAGGAAGGGAGAGCAGGACAUAAUAAGGGAAUGUGAUUAUUGUUGUAAGUGAAAACAUUUAAAAAAAAAAAAAAAAAGACAGAGAGACAGAUUUAAGUCUGGUGUUGAUCUGUACAACUGUGAGGUGUGUGAAAUAAACUGAAGUCUGGAGUCCCUCUGGUAUCACAGUUUUAACAAGCAAGAUGCUUUGCAAAAAUGGGCUCUCCUUCUCCUUUAGAAUUUUUUAGCAGCACUUUCUACUAGGCCUGGGUGAUUUGGCAAAAAAAAUGAUCACGCUUUAUUUUGUCAUAUCGUCCGAUCUCGAUUAUUAUGAUUUUUUUUUUAAACUGCAAGUUUUAAAGCAUCUGUACUAAAAACUAAAAAACCUAGAGAUUAGUUCAACAUUUUAUUAACAUACAAAGUAAAUAACAAAGCAAAUUGAAUAAGAUACGCUUAGCAAAAUCUAAAAAACAUUUUAAUUCAACAGUACAACAAAUGUAGAUAAAUACUAAGUAAUACAGAGAAUUAGUUUACAGUCCUGAGUGUUUUUGCAGGUAUGCAAGACCCAAAAUAAACAAAUCGCCCCCUCAGAGAUUAUGAAGGUGCUUUAAAAUGUAAACAUGAGGUGAUGUAAACGUAGAUGAUACGCACACCUGCCAACAUUUGGGUUAUAAAAUCCAGGAGUUGUUUGCGGCGCACGCUGGGCAGUUUUGGGGUGACUUCGUAUGGUGGAUAUGAGCUAAUUAUGAGAGUAUUUGUAAUUAAAUUGCUCAUCCAAAUAAGUAUAAGUGAAGCUGCACACUUUUUUGUUUUAACAAAAACAAAUGGUAAAAAAAAAAGGAUAAAAGGUAGGAUAUGCCUUUAACUUAUUUAGCCCACUAAUAUUAGUGUUAAAGUCUUCAUAUGUUUUACACGCUCUCCCGUAUGAGGCUCUCUGAACAUCUGUGCAUGAACAGCACUAUUUUAUCCGAGGCUACCCUGAACACAUCACUCUUGCAUAUCUCGAGUUUGUUUUUUCCUUUCACUGAAGUUUUCAUUUUCCAACAAACACUACUUAAAUAUAGUUUACAGCUGAAACCUACCUGAAUCAUCCAAAACUGUAAAGUAAAAGUAUCAAUCCAGUCUGUGUGGCUCAGCAGAAACACAGGACGAUCUCCGUUUGUCUGGAAACCUGGAAACUUUAGACAAAUAUAGUAAUCCAAUUCAUGAAUGAAUGCGGACCAUGCUACGAGAAAUUACCAGGAGAAAUGACAAUACGGGGGGUGGGCAGGAGAUAUGUCUGAAAUAGGGGAGAGUCCCGGGAUAAACGGGAGUGUUGGCAGGUAUGGAAAUGAUUGAUCGCUGUUUUGGUCUGUGGCUGCACCGCUAGUUGUGGGUAAACUGCUAAUGCUACUUGUACCGUCAGCAGGGACAGACUGUACAGACUCUACUCGCUGCUUCUCGCAUAAUCACUUGGGAAGAACAGAUUUGUUAUGUUGCCGGUUUAUCGGCUUAAUUGCUCGACGUCACUUUGGAGAGACGUUGAAUAACUUCUCAACAAUAACAUCAUUAGAGGAUGACUCAAAGUCAUGGCUGACAGCUAUCUUGCUGCCCUCAGCUCCGCGUUUAGCUUCAUGUUUGGUCAUUCUGUUUACUUCUCCGGUAACUUACAGAAGUGAGCAGGAAAAGCUCGACUCUGAUUGGCUGUUGUGACGCACGUUUCCGCCAUGUUUGAUCGAGUAAAUAUGCUCACAGCUGAUCACCGUGAUCGAACUGAAAUUUAUUGCGAUCACAAUCAUAUAAUCGCCCAGUCCUACUUUCUACUCUUAAGAACCAACUUCACUAUAGCACCCCUACAAUAUGCUUAUAAUUCCAUAAUUGCAGUUAAAGUAGACAAAUCUACCAAGUACUGUCCUUAGCAAACAGUAUACUGAUCCCGUAUGACAACUCAUCACUUAGAUAAAAACUCUUGUCAAGCUUUUGAGUAGUAUGUUUUCUAGUGGCUGCAAAAUGGACACUGUUUGUUGAAGUUUUAUUGUGAUCAUGCCAAAGGGUUUAGUAAAGCUCUGCAGUCGUGUUUUUUAGUUGUAGUCUUUCUUUUCUGCCUUUUUUUUACCAAUCAGAUUUUUUUGAGUGCAAUAAAACAAAUAGAAAUUUAAUGUAAAGUCUAGGGCGCAAUUUUUAUUAAGCUCUGAACUUUGAACUUUUGUUGAAAGGGCUUAUUAAAAGUAACUGAUGGGAUUUGCAUUGACACCUGAAACCUUGACUGAUCCAAUUUUAUUUAAAUAUAUUAUUACCUAAUUGUCAUACUAGUUUUUUACUUUAGGACCUUUUUGAGGCAUGUUGCCAAGACCUGGACUUUGGUAUUAGCUUAUACCAGACUGGGAAUUGUGUUUUCCAACUUGAUGUAUGUAAGCAGACUGUUGCACUAUUAAUCAAUAAAUCAUAAAUCUGCACUUACAGUUUUCUUUAAAAAAGGAACAAAUUACAGAGUAACUGUAAACCACAAAAUGUAGAAGUGGAUUAGUCAGGAAUUUAAAUAAAUCCAAUCCAGUCAUUGUCACAAAGAAGCCAUGAACCUUUAGUUAUUUUUCACACUCUUAAACCAUCAGCAGGAAGUUUCGCACCACUUUGCAGUCUAUCUGACCAUGGUUACUGCCUCCAUCAGGCUUGUGUUUUUGUUGGUUGGACUCAUAUUCUAUUAAGGAUAAUAGAGAUUUUUGAUCCAUUGGUUGUGUUAUAUUUUGCAACAUUACCAAUACCCUGCAAAAGAUGAACUUUUUGCAUAUUUCAGAUUGCUGCUGGAGCCAGGGGUGUCUCGAUCACUUUUUUGGCCCCUUAUCCAAGUUUAGUCUUUUAAUUAUCAAGUUUCCACCAAUACUGAGUCCAAUCUGCUACUUAUUAUUUCCGAGAUAGUAGAGCUGCUCACUGUUUUUGGUUUGUUUGAAGCGCUAGGAAGUCAGUGUCUGAAAUGCAGAGUUGAGACGACGACCCCCCUCUUUGUAAUCUUGUAGGCCUUCACCCCCUUGAGAAUAUUUACCCUUUCUUAUAAAGUCCAGAGUUUGUUGCUUCAAGGCAGAAGCCUCCUCGUCUUUUACUUUAAAGAUUACGCUUUAUAACAUGUAGUUUUAAGUUGUGGUGUUGACUGCACAUCUGCUGCUACUGCCUCAUGAACUUAAUGCAUAUAAGUUUUGGGAUUUUGGGAGGAUUUUGUAUUCUUGGACAUGCUGUGGUCAGGAAUGUUGCCCGCUUUUGUUCUCAUUUGGGCUGAAGUGACAAACAUAUUAAGCUGUAAAGUAUCUUUCACUGAAAAGGAAUGUCACUUGUCCUAAUAUUGCCCAAAUGUGGAUUAUAGUUUUUUAGUUGCUGUUUGUUGUUUUUUUUAUUUUUGUGCCUGCUGUUGUUUUCCUUUUAUUCCAAGGUAAUAACACCUUGUAAGAUUUUUAUUUAUUUAUUUAUUUUUACUCUUCUUUCAAAUCAUAGUUCAAAGAAAUAAGCUUUGCCUACGAGGUGCUGACCAAUCCUGAAAAAAAGGAACUGUACGACCGCUAUGGAGAACAAGGAUUGCGGGAAGGAGGUGGGGGUGGACCUGGGAUGGACGAUAUCUUCUCCCACAUUUUUGGUGGUGGACUUUUUGGCUUCAUGGGUGGCCAAGGGAGUCGCUCCAGGAAUGGAGGUCGACGGAGAGGAGAAGACAUGGUCCAUCCACUCAAGUAAGACCAAGCUUGUUCACUAACCCGUAGGCUUAGGCCUGUCACGAUAACAAAUUUUGCUGGACGAUAAUUGUGCUACAAAUUAUUGCCGAUAAACGAUAUUAUUGACACCGUUUUUUUUUUAUUACAGAUGAUAAUAUAUGGCAUAAUAAUGCGAGUACACCAUGUCAAAAGCAAUAAACUUUAAUUGCUCAAGAUUAAGAAAUUUGAACUAGGAUGAACAAAUAUAAUAAACAAACAAGACAACCAAAAAACAAUGAAAAUAAAAUGGACCCACAUUCUGUUUUAUCAAAAACUGCAUUCAAAUAAAAACCACAAUCACAACUACAAACAAUAAAAACUAGACCUUGUCUCUGGUAAAGAACAAAAACUUCGCUCCACACAUAACAAUUAAAACAAUAAAUAAAGUGGAGUCUCGAGUCUGUAAAAAAGAUUGCACUAAAUAAUUAUCUUUGGGUGCUAUUCCUCAACAGGCCAACAAAGAACAUGCAUGCACACCUCAAGCACAAUCAUCCCCGCGGAUGAUUGUGCUUGAGGUGUGCAUGCAUGUUCGUCGUAUUCCCCUUCUUUGUCACCAAAACUUUCGAACAAAUGCGACAUAUCGUCAGUGUUCGUGGGCUCACCUCUUUCAUUUUAUUUGAAACCGAAAUGUUCCCACACUGGGGCUGUUGCGUUGGGCUUAGACACCAAAGCUGUCGUUUCAUCAUUCAUUGCGUUUGCUCCACACUGUGUCAGUGUGUGUGUGUGUGUGUGUGUGUGUGUGUGUGUGUGUGUGUGUGUGUCUGUCUGUCUGUCUGUCUGUCUGUCUGUCUGUGUGCGCCAGCGCCGCCCCCCGGGACAAAGAGACUGAAUGACUGACAGGAGGGUUCACUCACUGCGUUCAUUCCGCUAUAGAGCCAACGCACCCAGUUGUCGAGGAAAAUGCGCAGAGUGAGACCUCUUCUCUCAUCAGGCGUGUUUGAUAGCGAGAAAGGGGGAAAACAAACGCACGUUAAUUAUCGAGGCUGGCAAAAUUACCAACCUUGUUUUUAUUUAUCGAGCGAUUAGGCGAUUUAUUGUUUAUCGCGACAGGCCUACAUAGGCCACAUGUUAAAAAAGUCUGUACUCUAUAAUGUGUAUAGGUUCUCAUCUGGGACUAAUUAAGCAUUUUUCCACAGGGUGUCACUGGAGGACCUCUACAAUGGGAAAACAACUAAACUUCAACUUAGCAAGAAUGUACUGUGUAGCACUUGUAAUGGGUAAGUUGUCUAACCUACGUAACGAUCUGGCCCUCAUUCAUGUGGCAGUUCAGAAAUGUGUUUAUCCUAUUACACCUAAGCCUACACAAUAUCAAUCUAUCAUUGUGUGUGUAUGUGUGUAGGCAAGGAGGCAAGACAGGCGCCGUUCAAAAAUGUUCAACAUGUAGGGGGCGUGGCAUGCGCAUCAUGAUCAGGCAGCUGGCCCCAGGCAUGGUCCAACAGAUGCAGUCUGUGUGCACUGAUUGUAAUGGAGAAGGUAAGAGGUUAUCUAACCAUUAGCAGGUGCUUCCUCUUUGUGUUAUUGUUGCUUAGUGUGAUCUCAACCUUGUAUUCUUUAAUCCAGGUGAAGUUAUCAGUGAGAAAGACCGUUGUAAAAAAUGUGAGGGUAAGAAAGUGGUGAAGGAGGUGAAGAUCCUGGAGGUACACGUGGACAAAGGCAUGAAGCAUGGACAAAAAAUUACCUUUGGAGGAGAGGCGGACCAGGCACCUGGCGUGGAACCAGGAGAUAUAGUCCUUGUCCUGCAAGAAAAAGAUCAUGAGGUAGGUGGACCAGUCCUCCAAUAAUAUUUAUGCUAACAUGUCCCCUCUUCCCCCUGGGCGCCUUGUCAUAUGAACAUAUAUAUAUAUAUAUAUAUUUUUUUUUUUUCAGUGCACCGUUUUGCUUAUGCCAUAGUUUUGUGGGCAGGUUCAUUGAUUGUAGUAAGCACAUGUCAAAGGUCUUGUUAAUUAAGGUCAGCCAAAUCAAAUCUGGCCACGGCAGCACAAUGUAAGGGUACUGAGGGGUAACCCUGAUUCUGAGGAGUUGUUGUGUGCAAUAUGUGUGUGAAAACUUUAAUGUCGUUUUUGACUUGACUCAUUAUUCAUGGGCAGAAAGGUAGGGUGACAACCUUGUACAGUGGCAGGUUGUUAUUAUACAUUUCAAAAACAACAAUAUGAAGACUGUGAAAUGAGGAUUCAUGGACUGAAAGUUUGAUGCAUGUAAUUCCCCUCUCUUUCUUCCCAGUGUUCUGAUCCAACCACCUGAAAAAGGCAUGAAAUCUGUAAAAAUGUUCUCAUAUUGACAUGAAAGCAUCAUCAAUGUUCAACUGCAGAAUAAUCACCACCAUUGAAUAUAGCUCACUAAUCCUCACAGUGUUAGGUGUUUAAGUAUCCCUUCAAUACAUCUCACACAAAGUUCUCAGUGCUCCUUAACUCCUGUGUGCUAUUCUUGCUCCUUAGCUGUUCCAUGUCCCUUUGAUGUAUAGAACAUUGUUAGUUCUGGGAACUGGAACCACCAACCAAAGCUAGGAUGCAUUCAAAGAACAUGACAAAAAAGCUCAUCAGAUUUUGCUUCAGGUACUUCAAGUACUACUAAACCAAACUAAACAAUCAUCCAUGGGUACAUAUUGGUGAUGACAGGCAGUACAACAAACUGUAUCAUAAUAAUGUGUAUGACAAUGCUAGUCAAGCUAUUCAAAAAAGUUUCUGAACCAUGCUGCAAACAAAUGUAUUUUUCCUCCAAAAGACAGUCUACUGGAAUAAGUGUGUAUAGAGUUACCGGUGCUUCUCGUAGGCCAUCAGUGAAGUGCAGUUUCUAGCACUCUAGCAUCAGCUUCAUUUCACAAUAGCAAAAGUCUCCAUUGGGGAAGAGCAUUGUUUUGAUGUUUUAAGGUCUUGGAGCCCAAAUGACUCAGCAGUAAGCAUAGUUGGCUUUUCUGUACCACCUCUAGUCAACCAAAAGACAGCCAGUCCAUUCCUGUUCUUAUUAGAUAGUCACAGUAUGCUAUUGCAUAAAGAAGGAUAUUGAAAAGAGUGAAAAUAAGAAAUAUUCUGAUAUUUUUAAGCAAUAGGUAGUAAUUUUCAAAAAUUAUAUCAGAAACAUAAUGUUUGAAAUGUUGAGGCUUGCGCAUGAUGAGUUGAGUUAUGACUGGGUGAUUAUAUGAUCCUGAUCGAUGAUCGUGAUAAAUUUCAGUUCAAUCACAGUCAUCAGCUGUGAGCUUAUUUACUCAAUCAACCAUAGCAGAAAUGUGCACCACAACAGCCAAUCAGAGUUGUGCUUUUCCUGCUCACUUCUGUAAGUUACCGGAGAAGUAAACAGAAUGACUGAACAUGGAGCUAAAUGUCGAGCUGAGGGCAGCAAAAUAGAUGUCAGCAAUGACUUUGAGUCAUCCUCCAAAGAUGUUAUUGUUGAGAAUUUAUUCAAUGUCGGUUGUGUGGCGGUGGUUUGGGCAUCUCCAAAGUGACGUUAAGUAAUUAAGCCGAUUUGUAAGGUAUGUCGGCAUACAGUGUGCUCAGAAACGGGCAACACAACAGAUCUGUUUAAUCAUUUGAAGAAGUUCCUCCCGACUGAUGAUGCAGUAAGCAUGAAAAUGUGAGCGGAGUCUGUACAGUCUGUCACUGCUGACGGCACAAGUAGCAUUAGCAGUUUAGCCACAACUACGGUGCAGCCACCAGAUCAAAGCAGCGAUUAAUCGUAUCAUUUACGUUUACAUCAUCCAAUGUUGACAGCUUAAGGCGUCUUCAUUAUCUCUGAGGGGGCGAUUUGUUUUUUUUGGGUCUUGCAUACCUUCAAAAACACUCAGGACUGUAAACUAGUUCACUGUAUUAUUUAGAAUUUAUCUAAAUUUGUUGUUCUGUUGAGUUAAAAUGUUUUUUUAAAUAUUUUUCUAAGUGUAUCUUAUUCUUUGUCAUUUACUUCGUAUGUGAAUAAAAUGUUAAACUAAUCCCUAGUUUCUUUAGUUUUUAGUACAGAUGCUUUAAAACUGGCAGUUUAAAAAAAAAUCAUGAUAAUCAAGAUUGGACAAUACGACCAAAUAUAUUGUCAUCAUUUCUUUUGCCAAAUCGCCCAGGCCUAAUUUGAGUAUAUAAUACAGUAAAGUGGAGUUGGCCAGAUGAAGUCUGUAAUACCCUUCUCAACUCUUUCAAAUGUUUAAAUAUCUUGACUGAUGAGAGAGUGCAUUGGAUAAAUGGAAGGUCCUUUAAAGACUUUAUGCAAAAGGGGUAUUGAGUGUGAGGUGGAGUGUGUCACAGGAGUCUGGUCCAGCUGAUGGUGCUUCAGAGCUCUCCACUGUUUGAGUGCUGGACACCAGAUUGCCUUGAUGUUCCCCUCUCUUAUAUGUGGACUAACACAGGAUAUGGAAAGACCUGAGUGGAAACCUGCCAUGGGGAAAAAAACAGCUCGAUCUAGUUGUUAUCAGAUAUUUCUACCAAAAUAACUUUUUUUUUAGAUGUUAUACUAAAACACUUAGAAGGAGACUAUAGCUUUGUUUUUGCUGUUCUAUUGAUCCUUUAACCGAUGUCCUCUGGUUUAUUAAUGAUACUGGAUUAGGCUUUCUUUCUGCCUCCCACAAGCUUCAACAUUGGUUUGAUGGGACUGCAAACUCAUGCACUGUAAUACAUCAGCACAUCGGACAUGAAACUAAAUCAGCUUAAGGUGAAAUGGUACAUCAUAAAAACAGGGUGCUGUAAGGUCAGCUUUGCUGUUUGUACACUAUAGACAGUAGUGUACUUUACAGCCGUUCUUCCUGCAUGUCCUCAGCUGUGAGCAUUGCCUGUUUAAAAACCAGGUUGCCUCUGACAAUGCAAAGUUAUUUUCAGUAAACUGGAACAGCAGGCUGAGCUGAAGAAAUGCCCCUGGCUCUCUUUCCCAGCAGGUUUCUGUAAUUUUUUUGGGGUAUGUGAGUGGAUACUGAAAGCAAAAUUGGUCUCUGGACGUGGUUGCAACAGUACAGACAGCAGUGAUAGGCUGUUUGCAUGAAACUUAAAUGCCAUUUCUAUGAUGAAAACCCAGAAAAAUAUAGAACUUAAGCAGUGUGUUAAACUUAAAGGGGUGGUUUAAUGCCUUUCCACAUUUUCAAGGGACAGCGGCUAAAACAAAGUGUUUUGUGAAAUAAUAUUAUUUAGGGAUGUUCCCAGCGGUUAAAUUCACUGACGGUUAAACAACCAUUUUGAAACAGAAUAUUCGAAUACACGAAAAUUAAUUAACUCCCAGAAAAUAGCCCAAAUUGAGGACAUGUCGAUCUAUAUGGCCAGAUAUCAUCUGAAAUAAAUAUUAAGAGUACAUGAAAGCCAUGAUUAUAAUAUUAAAAUUUGUUACAGAAUCUUAUUUUAGCGCUGCAGAAUGACAUAAAGUACGUGAAAGAUCAACGCAAUUAAGCUCUACUGCACUCAAGCCAAGCAACCUGCUGCGUCAUCGGCCUGCCUCACAUCAUAUGCACAAAAUGAAGAGUCUUCAGAGUCAAACAACAUAAAUCAAAAUACUCCCAAACUUUGCUCUUUUUUCUCAUCGACAUCCCUCGGCUGAUCACGUGUUGAUUCACUCUAAAGAAGUUAACCCACGAUGCCCUGUGUGCUGCAGGCCAGCGCUGCGAGCCAUGCAGAAAGAGUCACACGCAAAUGAUCCGCACAUUUUAGCUUGUUCAAUGCACACUUUUAAGACAUGACACAAAAAACCUAAUUUGGAAGAAAAAAAAGCUUUUUUUCCACUUUUUUCUUUUUUCCCCCUUUUCUUUUUAACGGUUGCAUUUGCACUUGCUUGGUUUGUUGCUUUUCUCAAGUACAUGCUGUGGUCCGAAAGAUGAUGACAAGUUUCUUCAUGAAGAUAGAAAAGCACAAAGUUGUGCUGUGUUUGAGUCAUUGAUUUUGUCUUCAUCAGUUCCUAUAACUGCCUCAACUUGUAAAUCUGUAAAAAUUAGCCAUUUUGUGCCAAACAGUGAUUUGUUCCUUUUAUUAUGUUACUUUUUAUAUGCAAGGGUAUUUUUUUAAUGGCGUAAUUUUUUUUUCCUUUUUAUUAAAUUAAUUAAUUUAUUUUUACCACAGUGUUCAUUGGGUUUUUCAGUCAACAUGUCUAACCAGCUUUUUCUCCCAAUAUGCAGACAUACAAGCGAGAAGGCAACGACCUGUUCAUGACCCACAAGAUCGGGCUGGUGGAGGCGCUGUGUGGCUUCCAGUUUAUGCUGAAACACUUAGAUGGAAGACAGAUCGUGGUGAAGUACCCUGCUGGAAAAGUCAUUGAGCCAGGCAAAUUUUUCUCAAUUUUUCAUCACUUCUCUGAUUCAACAUUUUACGAGCAAUCAAAAGCAGCUGCAACCCAUUUUAUAGAAAGGUGGAAGUUCUGAGUGUGCGACAUUAACUUGCUCACAAAAUGUAGGCUCUGCAGAGAGGAAGGAGAGGCCUGAGGGGGAAGGAGCAUGCAGCAUAUUUGCAUAUGUGUUAGGGGUGGGAAUCACCAGUAGCCCCACGAUACGAUUUUAUCACGAAACUUGGGCCACAAUACAAUAUUAUUGUGUUUUUUAACAUUUUGCAAUACAGUGGGUAUUGCAAUACAAUAUAUUGCGAUUUUCAACUAUUUAGCUAAUUAAGCAUUGGGCCUUCCUUUAUGUUUGUCUUAUUUACACAGUCUUUUAUUUUCAUGUAGCUUAUCUUGCAAAUCUUAUAUAAAUUUGUUGUACUAACUCUCUCCUGUUCUAUGAUAACACCUCACUGGACAAACAGUUGAUUUUGUUUUUCCACUGUCUUAGAUCUGAGUUCAUAUUAGCCUGGUAAAUGAGACGAUGCAAUAUAUCUAUCAUAUAUGUUGCAGUCCAGAAGGUGAUGAUAUUGUUAAUUCAAAAAUACGGAUUAAAUGCUGUCAGGUUGUUAAGUUUUCUGCAAAAGCAGCAAAGAAAAAACACAUCACUGUGUAUCACAAUAAUGAGAAGACGCAUAGCAAAUCUAACGUCUUUGCAAAGGUGGUAAAAGCAUGACUCCCUUACUGGCAGAAGGAGGAGAUAAAUAAUUAACCUCAAGCAAAAUAAACACGUGAAUUUACAGAUUGUGUCACUGGUUACCAUUUCAGCCCCUGAUAAGCAGAUCAUGUUAAAUUCAGAGACAUUUCCAGUACAUUGAGCUUCAGGAUGCCUCUGCUGUACUUGUGCUGGCUUUAUGGGGAGAAAUGAACAAUGAAACAGCAGCACUGGAAAAAACACAGGCAUCUUUUCCCCAUCACUCACAGGACAUUUGGCUAUAGUGUAGCCUAUAAUGUAUGCAUUACAACAAAUGCAUGUAGAGUACAGUGACAUAGUUCUUAUAUUGAAUUGUGCUGAUUAUAAUUUUCUACGUGUACACAAAAGUAAUCUUCGACUAGGUUUCUGCUAAGAGUUAAACGCAGGCUAAGCCACAUCCACAGUGCUUGAUGAGUGAGGGUAUAGUGGGGUCAACAACAUCCUCAGCAAGAGGUCUGGACUGCCAGAAAUAAUAAGACUCCUUCCCCCUCAGGCUUCUCCGUCUCUGCAGAGCCUACAUCAACUGCCCUACACAGCAUCACAAGUUGUGUGUCAGAGAAAACUGUGCAAAGUUUUUUAUUUCUAACUUGCUGCAUUUCUUCCAGGCUCAGUCAGGGUGGUGAGAGGAGAGGGCAUGCCUCAGUAUCGAAAUCCCUUCGAGAAGGGAGAUCUGUACAUCAAGUUUGAUGUCCAGUUCCCUGAAAAUAACUGGAUCAGCCCUGAGAAGCUUGUGGUACGACACAUCUCUCUUCUUUAUGCAAUGCAUUAUCAUCUGUGGUGUAAUCGGACUAAUUACUGUACAAAGAAAAACUGCUUUAGGCCCUAAAAAAUGCUUCAAUGUCAUCCGAGGCUUAUUGUGAAGCUAAAAGUGACGUGCAAAGAUGUGAAAACACUUAGCAGUUCUUGCAAACAGGUACUCAAGUGAUACCAUUCAAACCUGUGAGAUGAAAAAUUAACAUGUUGAUCUUUUUAAAACAGCAGAGAGAACUUUCUGCCUUUGACUACUUUCAAGUACUAUAAAGAGUGGACAGUCCCUCACUCUUAUCAUACCUUGUGCCCAUGCUGCUAGUUACAAUUUUAGACCUGCUUUGCAGGUUCCAGAGAUUGGUGGACAGUAAUGCAGAAGCUAUGCAUCUUGAGGGUCUACAGAACACAAAAGAAAAUUGAACAGAACAGAAAGUACAGUAACCUGACUGUAAGGCAGCGGAAAGGGAAAAUAAAAGCAUCACUAAUGCCCGGUUUAUGAGGCCAUAUCUGCUCUUAAGACUGAAAAAAAACUGGACUGCUUACACCCUGAUAAAAUUGUAUUAUAAAUUCAAUAAAUGUGAACCCUGUCAUGACCAACGCUGGGCUUCCACCAAACAAUUUUCACAGUCCCAGACUAAAAACUGAAAGUCUUGUGUAAAUCUAGGAGUUUCAUUGGGGUCACAAUGGAGUCACGCUGCUCCCGUCAUCUCAAUCGUUAAGUUUAAGGUGGUAAUCUGCGCUGUUUCAUAUCAGUCUUUAGAUGCUAUCGCAAGUCGCAGUGACGUAAAACAAACAACAACCAAUAGAUGAGCUCUAAAGGGGUGUUCAGACCAAAAGCGACCAGGUCGCGUUGGUUGGUCACGUCGCGUCGUGUGGCGCCCUGGUGUAAUCACAACGGGUCCAAAGCUGAGGUCGCAGGACGCGGCUGGUCGCCGCUGACCCGCUUCUCCCACCUUCCUUCUCCCUCCUUUUCUCCCUCAUAUAUACAUCCCGCAGCCCCUUCCAGCACUUGCGGCACACACACACACACACACGUUGAAACAUGUAGCCUAGCAAGCAGGGGAAGUUUGCUAUGUUUUACAGAAAAUAGUCUGCUGAAUGAAAUAAAUAAACAAACGACCAGAAAGCCCGACAUCAUGGGCCACCUUCUGUAGCAACGCGACUUGGCGUCCUGCGACCUCGGCGACGCAACUUGGCCACCAUGCCCGACCUGGUCGCCAAGUCGCGUCAGGUCGUGUCGCAGGCAACCGGCGGUCGCCAAGUCGCGUCAGGUCGCGGCUGUCCAUAGACUUUGCAUUGGGAGCCGUUGCUGACGUCGCCGAGGUCGCUUUUGGUCUGAACACCCCUUAACAGAAGCGGAAAAGAAAACCAGAAAGCCAAAACAAGAAGAAUAAGAAUGUAUGAAGAAUUACUGGUGAUAAAACAUUGCAAGUGGACUGUCCAGAAAAAGGAGUGGAUACUGGAGCUGUGGGCAGAUCACCCUUGUCUAUUCUAUAUCAACUGCAAGGUAGCCCUUACAUGCAAUGGCAUAAUGUAUCAGUAUAUGCAGCACAUAAUAUGGGGCGCAUGUGCUGAGUAUUAGCAUUAGCUAGUUCCGAGUUGUCAUAUAAGAAGACACAGUUGACCAAUGAGCUUCCCCCACUGAACUGUCAAAAAAUGUCAAAACAAUCUCAUUGUAGUCUAGUAAAUAGUGACUCUGCUUUGUAAAAUCUCAGUCUGGGACUAGGAUGUGACUAAAAACUCUUAACACUUGUCUUUAGAUGUAAGCAGGUGUGAGCUGAUAGUUUUCCAGGAGUCUUUUCCAAAUCUUCUCACAGUCCUCUGGUGGAUAGCUGGCAUAAGGGAUGAAGUGUAUCAUGCUGUCUGUGGUAUAGUACAGUUGACAGGAAACAAAGACAGAAAAAAGCAACCUCCAAACGAAUAGUUAUCUUGAACAGGAGUUUAUUUUCAUGAACAGCUCUCUGGAUAACUGGGUUUGCAGGUUUGUAGUAAUGUCAUUACUGAUGAACCAUCGCCAGGAGUUUCCCAGAUUUAUCAAAGACUUCGCUGUGAGCUUUAUGUGACAAGUGUAACACAAAACAAACAAAAAAAAAAAUUAGUGCCAGAAAUUUACCAUGUUUCAAUUUGUACACCUUUGUUUUUAAGCAAAACUGUCUAGUUUUAUAUUUAUAGCACAAACUAGAUGCUAAAGUGUGUUUUGCAAACUUCUCUGAGGAACUGGCCCCUAUAUAAAAGUACAGGGGCCAAGCCCCAUUGUUAUACUAUGGGUUUUUUCUUAUUCCUCUUUUGGACAAAUGCCGACCCGCUACUAGUCCGACAGCCUGAAGAGUUGUAGAACAAAAUAUAUAUCAAACAUCGAGUUUGAUCAGGAUCGGUGUGCUAUUACUUUUCUCUAUCAUAUACAAAUUUGCUUGUAGUUUUUCACAACUUCCUCUUUUUCAAACAUUUACAGCUUCAUCAAACUUUACCGAGAGACUCCAUUUAAACUUUAAAAUGUGGAAAGGAGUCUUAGUUAUUGGUGUAUAAUUUCACGUUUCGUUAGGUGUUGUAGUUUUUGAUCACUGACUGUUAAAUGACCAUGAUCAUUUUUGGAGACAUUUUGAGAUUAUAGUGGGUGCUUAUUGCGUUGAAUCUUCGUUCUAGAGUGGGUGACAUCAUCGGCUAGAGUGAGAGAAGUUGCCUAAAAUUGUGAGAAACUUUAUCUUUCAGUGAGUCCUUAUGAUAAACACGGUCUGCUUUCUUUCUGAUUAGAGUGAUCGUUUUGUCAGAAUGAGACUUGCGCUGAGGUGAAAAUAUCACUCUCUUUCUCAUUUUGACUGCCCCAGCCUGCAGUGCGUCUAUCUUCAUGGGCAACCAGCUCAAGUUGCCAUGGCAACCUGUGAGCCUCAGGCCAGGCUCACAGCUGACACCAAUUCACAAAUCAGGGACUGCUCUGAUAUCUCUGUAUCAUUGAAUCACUUUUAGACCAAUUUGAUUAACAAUAAAUGCUGACUCUAUCGAAAUCCUUAUCAGGGCCAUGAGGCAAACCAGAGAUGUUCUGUUUUUUGUUUUUUGUUUUUUUUCAUUGGUUACUUACGGGGCACAUUUACUCCUCUAAUUCCCUGUAGAUGUUUCCCACUGAGUUUUUUUUUCCUCCACAGUUGAAUAUUCUCUGUGCCCCCUCAUGCUUGUGUAACAUCUGCAACUACACUUGAUCAGAAAAACUUGUCUGUAAAGUUGAUCUAUGUUGAAUUGUCUACACCUGCAGGAGCUGGAGGACAUGCUGCCCUCACGAUCAGAGCCACCCAUCAUCACUGGAGACACAGAAGAGGUGGACCUGCAAGAUUAUGAUGUCAGCCAGAGCUCGUCGUCAGGUGGCCGCAGGGAGGCCUACAACGACAGCUCUGACGAAGAGGGUGGUCACCAUGGGCCGGGGGUGCAGUGCGCCCACCAGUAGUCUCCCAAUCUCCUAUACACACACAUUUGAUCCAUGUUGUACUUGGGGAGAAAAUGUUUGAGUUGCAGAGUAAACAAGGAGGUAGGUGAGACUGACGAGGCUCAUUAGUUCUUCAGACUUAAAUCAAAUAAAUAUACUUAUCAUUGCACCUGAAAUUAAUAAUAUUAUAGAUAUGUGUGCGCUGAUUAUUUUGAUCUUUGCCUGAAGAACUCACACUGGGGCAGCCAAAGACUUGUCAAACUGCUUCUGGAACAGAUUUAGACACUUUAAACAGCAACUUCAGGUAGAAGUCAUAUUUAAGAUGUAUAGAAAGUACAGUUGCCCCAGUGAAUGCCAUGUAGGACUGUGAUCUGGUGUUCAAGGUGAACCCCUUGCCCCUCUUCUCUUCUUUCACCCCAGUUUAUGUCCAUUCCCCCCUUCAAGGGAACUCCAGAUCAAUUACAGAAAGGAAUGUUUCUUGUUUGCUGAGUGUGUGACUUGCAUUUUGUUUUCAUAGUAUUUACAAUAAUUUAAAAACUAACCAAUGUGCAUACACAAAGCAGCUGAGCAAUGUGAUGUGCAGAUCCUCGAACUUGUGUAAUCAUGGUAUCAUCCACUCGGCGCCAUUCGUAGGAUUUGCUUUGAUUUUUACAGCUUUAUUUUCUUUGUAGGUUUUUACUUGUUUUUCCCUUUUCUUUAUAUUUUAAUUCAGAUUGAACAUUGGAUUUGGUGUGUAUUAUAUGACCUGGUUGUUGGUAAGCUUCAUCAGCUGCUGUAUUCAAAAGCUAUGUGAUUUUUAAAAAAGAAAAAAACUAAGUGAAACGACAAACAUAUAGCCUGUAUCUGUGCUGAGACCAUAUGCAUGUAAAAAGCUUUGGUUCCUUGCACUUACUCAACAUCAAUCAAAGCAGCACACUUCUGAAGAAAAUGUCUAUGAAGUUGUUGAAUAAAUUGUUGAAAUAUCACAAA